CACACUGGAAUUGAAACCCGGAAGUGUAGAGCAGGCUGUUAGAUGGAGUUCUACAGGCAGGAAAGCUAAUGUCAAACAACUGUUUACUUGUUUAUUUUAUCUUGGGUAAUAUGCGGAAUUAAACUCGUGUUUUUUAUCUGCGUUUAUCGAUUUUAGUUAAAAGAGAAAACAUGAAUGAAACGCUAAAGUGAGUGUGUGUGUCCUUCUGUAAGACUGGGAACUGUGCAGCUGGAGAACACAGCGGUCAAAGUUCACAGCUGUUUGCUGUUAAAAUCUAAAAAAAAAAAUAACUGUUUUUUUCUUCUCUGGUGUCAUGUGUGAUUUAUCAUGGCCGUUUUGGAGGCGUUCAUUGGAACGGGUUAGUGUGCAGCUUUCUAAUGCCACGUCUACUGUAGUGUGACUGUGUGGUGUUCAGUGGUGCAGGCGCGUGCACUAUAAUACACAAUAAUAUCAUAACACACACACACAUCUUCCAUCUCGGUUUCAUUUCCGACACAUCUGAAAACCACCGACAGGAAAAAGAUGGCAAAAAGUAGCCGGAGGAUCCGAUCUGCCCCGGUGAACCCCGUGCGCGUCUCCGUGUCCGGUUGCGCGCCACCGCGUGUGUUUGGUGCUCGGUCUUUCCGGCUGUGGCUGUGGCGCGCGCUGCCGGUGAUCCUGAUCGUGAUGAUGAUAAUGCUGAUCUUAGGCUCUUACCUGUACAGUUACCCCGAGAUCAAUGACAGCCCAAAAUACAGCUCGGACCUGCUCAAGGACAAGUUCUCCCACAAGCCCGGGAAGUUAUCUUUGGCUCAGGUGCACCAGUUUGCUGCUCAGGUGGAUGGUGCCCGGCUAUGGGAGACCCAUUUGCGGCCCAUGCUGAUCGAGAGGGUACCAGGUACAGCAGGCAGCAAAGCUGUACUUCAGCACAUCGUCUCUCAGCUGCAUUCCCUUUCUGCAGGCUGGACUGUAGAGGAGGACUCAUUCCAGUCGUCUACUCCUCUAGGACCUGUGACCUUCAGCAACGUGCUGGCUGUGCUUGACCCCUCUGCCCCCCGCAGACUGCUUCUGGCCUGCCACCACGACUCCAAAAUCUUACCUCGAGACCCCAAAAACCCUCAACAGGUGUUUAUUGGAGCCAGUGACUCAGCCGUGCCCUGUGCAAUGCUGCUGGAGCUGGCAUCAGCGCUGGACACGCAGCUUAAAGCUCAGAAACAGAAGGGGUCUGCAGUGACGCUGCAGCUCGUUUUUUUCGACGGAGAGGAGGCGUUUGAGGAAUGGACUGAUACAGACUCUCUGUACGGCUCACGUCAUCUUGCUGAGCUCAUGGCCCACACAGCUCAUCCUCCAGGCUCAACACACACCACACAGCUGCAGGCAGUGGAUCUGUUCGUGCUCCUGGACUUACUAGGAGCUGCAGAGCCGCUCAUUGUCAAUCAUUUCGAUAACACCACACGCUGGUUCGACCGUCUGAUCGCUGCAGAGAAGAGGCUGCAUCGCCAGGGCUUGCUGACAUCUCACCAUUCAAACCAAAACUACUUCAGGAAAGAUGUUUAUCUGCUACCAGUGCAGGAUGACCAUGUCCCAUUUUUACUUCGAGGUGUUCCAAUCCUGCACCUGAUCGCAACCCCGUUCCCUUCAUUCUGGCACACUCUGCAGGACACGGAGGAGAACAUGCACCGGCCCACGGUUGAGAACCUCACCAAGAUCCUAGUCAUCUUCCUGGCUGAAUACCUGCAUCUCUGAGCCGACUCAGAUUCUCAAACACACAUACAUAUGGAUUUACCUUCUAUCUGUUACCUACUGGAAGAUAGCGAUGAUACAUAACCUCUUGGUCACAUACAGACACAACAUCAGCUGUGGAAGUGUGGUACGAUUAUUUUAAUUAAAUAUAUUAUAUAUGUCUGUUUCCUCUUUCUGCUGAAACAAGAGCCAUAAACACACACACAGUGGCAGCUGAUUCACUCAGUUUCCACACUGAAAUGAAGACAUUCAGCCAAAGACUGUUAUGAGCCUGUUCAUUUGACUUACUGCGUAAGUCUGAGCCAUGAGCCUGCUAACCUGUUGCACGUACAGUGCAGGGUAGAUCUGAAUGUAUGUUAAUAAUAAACAUUUUGUUAUUAAGCUUUUCAGCAGGACCUGUGACUGACCUCAUAUUUUAAUUUAGGUGAAAUCUGAAUAUUUUGAACACCAGAUUUUACCAAAAUCUGCGUACUAAUAGACCAUGUGCUGUCGCCUGUGCCUAAUCUGGAAUGCAUGUUUCUGCUUAAAUCGAUCUUCUGCAACUGCAUCAUACUGACUUUCUUUGAGCAGCUAUAGUCAAAUAAUCCACCUAAAUAAAUUGCAAUAAAACAUCUAUGUCUUAUUUUCUCUGUA